GAGCAUUCCCUGGUGAUGGUGCGCGGCGGCCGAGUGAAGGACCUGCCUGGCGUCAGGUACCGCGUCAUCCGCGGAGUCUAUGACGCCGGGCCCGUGAAGGACCGCCGCCGGGGGCGCUCCAAGUACGGCGCCAAGCGGCCGAAGAAGUGA